GAGCCGCGGGAAGUAUACGUGCGUGUAAAACCGUGCGUCUAUUUUCACGAUAUUUCGGUCAACUUUUUAUAGAAGUGGUAUAUCGGUCGAUGGGAAUUAUGUGAUGUUCAGCUUUACGUUGCUAAAUAAUCUGUGAUAUUUUGUGGACAUUAAUUUAAAAUAGUGUAAUUAAUAUAAGUAAUACAAUGGCAGACGAAAAGAGCGAUGCUACACCAUUCCUUAAAAAUGGCGUCAAACCGACAGUCGCGAAAACACCUGUGCCUGAAAAGGCUAAAACGGGGAAAGAAGGCAGAGGAAAGGCAUUUAAGCAAAUCGUAGCAGCUUUAAUUGCUAAUUUUGGUACUGUUAAUACUGGAAUGGUAUUUGGAUUCUCGGCGACAGCUCUGCCUCAACUGAAAAGUCCAGAUUCAACUAUACAUGUCACGGAAAAUGAGGCUAGUUGGAUUGCAAGUUUAAGUUCCGUGGGCACUCCUAUCGGCUGUAUAAUUAGCGGGUACCUUAUGGACAACAUUGGACGCAGGCGCACGCUGAUCUUCACGGAGAUACCGCUCAUACUGGGCUGGAUACUCAUUGCGUUUGCGGUUAACGUGCCUAUGAUUUAUGUUGGUCGUUUACUAGUGGGCUUCGGGUCAGGCAUGGUGGGCGCACCGGCCCGUGUAUACACGUGCGAGGUGUCGCAGCCGCACCUGCGUGGUAUGCUUGGCGCGAUGGCCUCCGUUGGCGUGUCUACUGGCGUGCUGAUACAGUACAUUAUCGGCAGUGCGACAUCAUGGAACAUUCUAGCGGGUGUGAGUACGAUAGUGCCAAUAGUAUCCCUCCUCGGCAUGUUGGUACUCCCGGAGACUCCCAACUACCUCCUCACACAGAACAAGGAGGAAAAAGCGGAGAAAUCUCUCUCGAAGUUACGGGGAUCCACUUGUAAUCUUACAGAUGAGAUACAGAAGAUGGUUGCGUUUAAAGAGAAGAAUCAUGUUGAACCUUUAAAAUCGCCGCGUGAAAUAAUCAAAGCGCUCAUGGCGCCAUCUACGCUGAAGCCAUUCGGAAUACUUGCGUUAUACUUCUUCAUAUACCAGUGGUGUGGUGUUAAUACCAUCACGUUUUAUGCUGUUGAAGUUUUUGAGGCUUCAGGCGCAUCUCUAGACAAAUAUUCUUUAACAAUAUCAAUGGGUGUACUACGUGUGAUAUUCACAGUGGUGGGUUGUAUACUGUGCCGGCGUUGUGGUAGACGACCACUCACUUUUGUUUCUGCUCUCGGCUGCGGCACAUCCAUGACAGUUUUAUCGGUCUAUCUCUAUUACGUACAAUAUUGGAAGGAUAAUAAUAUCCAACCGCAAUAUUCCUGGAUCCCAGUGGCCAGUAUAUAUUUGUUCAUGAUAUUCUGUACGCUCGGCUUCUUGAUCGUGCCCUGGAUCAUGAUUGGAGAGGUUUAUCCUACGCAGGUUCGUGGUAUAGUGGGUGGUAUGACAACAUGUGUGGCGCACUUGUCAAUAUUCUCAGUGGUGAAAACGUUCCCGUUGUUGAAACACGCGCUCAACGACUAUGGCGCGUUUGGAUUGUAUGGCGCGCUGUCUUUGGCUGGUACCGCAUUUUUCUACGUAUUCCUGCCAGAAACAAAAGGCCGUACCUUACAAGAGAUAGAAGAUUAUUUCUGCGGCAGAACGAAAACUCUAAAGAAAAACGCACAGACAGACCUCGCGUAGUUUUGUAGGUAAUUAGUUGUUUGGGAACAAAAUAAUGUAUAUUAUGUAUUUAUAUUUUUAAUAGUGAUGCAUUAGUUUUGUACAUUUGUUGCUUUUAGUUUUUGUGAUAUGAGUACAAUACCAGUUACAUACCGAUCAUUUUUUUCUUAGAUCGGAUUUUUUUUAGUUUUUAUGUUAUUUUUAUUUCAAUGGCUUUUAAUCUGAAUGGAGACAAUAAACUAAUUUAUGAAAUCAAUGUAUAAGGUAGAAUUAUUCUGUAAAAAUCUAUAUACUAUUAGUAGUGGGGUACAUGCCCCAAAAUUAUAAAAAAAAUGUUUAUUUCAUAUUAGUAUGUGUUAGUUUACAAUUAAUGAAAGUAGUUUAUUAAUUUUUUAAAUUAUAUUUUUUAUUAUGAAUAGAACCUACGACUUACACUUUCCGAAAGGAAAGUUAAUUUUGUUCUUUAUCAUAUAAUUUAUUAUUUAUUUAUUGAAAAAUAUUAAGUACACGAUAAAUAUUAAAUACUAUCUGCUAAUAAAAUUUACAUACAUGAUAGUAUUCAUUUGUAAAAAUAAAUUAUUUUUUAUCAGUCAAUAAUUUAUGGUUCAACAAUACAAGAAUCUUCAAAAAAAAUAAUGAAAACUACCUACUUCUUCUUUAAACACUGUAUUUUUGGUGUAAAUUUUAGAUUAAAUUAAAAAAAAUGUAUACAAUUUUGGAUUUAUAUACCUGUAUACAAAAUUAUUGUAAUGUUCUUAUUAAAGAUAAUUAAUUGUGCAAAGCCAAAAUACUCGAAUGACCAUUUUCAUUAAGUUUGUAAAGCGAUACAUGGGGAAAAAUUGAAAAGGUAUGCAUUUUGAUGGAAUAAAAAAGCUGAAAAAAAUAAGUUUUUUGUGUUUUUGAGGUUUUUUAAAUGUUUUGAAAUUGUAUACAAAAGUCCUAAUCAUAAUAAAUUUACCAAUGUGCUAAAAUAAAAAGUAUUAAUUAAAUAGGUUAAGAAUUAGUGCCAUUUAAGGAACAAUAAGUGAUUAUUUAUUAUAAGUUUUGUAGAUAGAGUUUGUAUAUAAGUACUUAUGUAUUGAAAGAGAAUAGCAUUUAUACAGAUUGUAUAUUUUAAUUAUCUAUAAAAAGUUACUAUGGUUUGUUAAUGAAGGGAAGUAGAUUUUUUUUUCAUUUCACGUUUUGAUUUUUUCUUGAUUUUUUAUCUCUAUAUGUGUAGAAAAUAAAAUAACUUAGAGUUUAAAGGGAUCUUUUAUUAUUAAAUUAUAUUUUUUAUUACCUUUAUUGGCUACUUAUAAGAUAUGUCAUCAUAAUAUAUCGAUCAAUUGCUUUUAUUGUUAUUAUAUUAUGAGUUGGUCCAUCAGAAUUCCCUUUUGGAAAACUUUGGUGAUGAAAAGUCCCUUAUUCAAAUUAAUUAUUGUUACCUAUUUAAUGUGUUAUUAUGUAAUGAAGUUAUUUAUAUUUUCCAUAUAUUUAAGACAUUGUGAUGAUUAUUAUACAUAUAGUGUAAUUUACAUUGUAUUCAGUUAGGUACGAAUAAAGUUCACAUGUUUUAAUGUUAUGGUUCGGAUUUUUACAGAUUUUAACUGAAUUUACUAAGAAAAUUUGUAUUUUUUCCUUUAUUAACAAAUCGUAAUAAUUAAAUAAUAUGUGCUAUUGUGGCAGCUGUGCACUUAGAAGUCAGCAUUUGAAGGUACAAAGAGAUUUGCCUUAUUUUUUGAUGUAAAUGAAUUUUUGCGCUUGAAGCAUGGAAAUAAAAAGUCAAUUUGUUUAA